UAACAAUUUACGAGAUUCACACAAGCGAAGUUGCUUAAGACUUAAGUGGUAACCACUUUUGCAAAUCUUCAAAGUUAUAUACCCUCGAAGUUAUGCUUUAGAGAUAAACGUAUUCCUUUGAGAUUUUCAAGAUUUCCAUCUCAUUGAAAGCACUAUGUAUUCCAAUCACAGUUUUUCAACGCCAUUCUCAGUGAAGGACAUUCUUAGUUGGACGGAGCAGCAGCAGGCACAUUAUGGAAUGGAUUUUAAUAGUUUUAAUAUGAAUGCUGGGGGAUACUUCGGUUAUGAUACCCAGCGACUAAGUGAUCAACUAGGGCCCCCUAUGUCCCCCAUGAUGGGGAACGGAGGGGGGAACGUUGGUGGAAACGCUUGUCUAUAUAGCAGUAACAAUACGGCACCGUCACUUCAACCGACGUACACGAAUCUCACGUGCAGCCCGAGUGUCUCGUCAAUGACGUCACUUUCAUCGGCGAUGCAACUUCCGGUCCAGAUGAGUGCUCAGAUGGACAAUUUGUCACCGAAACAAGAUCCAUACGAUACCCAUAAUCCUCCAACGCCUGGGUCCGACCAUGAUGAGAUGCAUCCAGGAAGUCAACAUAUGUCUCAUGGGAAUCCGCCACCAGCAAAUAUGGAUUCCGGGCCGCUUAUGACGUCAAAUACACCACAAAAUUUGCCGUCAUCACAAAUUAUCAAAGAAGAAAACCCAGAGGAUAGCUUAUUAGAAAAAGACUCCAGUUCCGGCAUGGUAGCUGAUGACGAUGAGUCCGAGAAAUCCGAAUCAUCGGUUGGUGGGGUAAAGAAGGAGGGAACUUCCGGUCAGGGCGACUGCCAGAUGAGCAAACAGCGAAAUCGUCGGAAACCACGCGUGCUAUUCUCACAACAACAAGUAUUUGAGUUGGAGCGUCGGUUCAAACAGCAGCGGUAUCUGUCGGCACCGGAAAGAGAACAGCUCGCCAACAUGCUCAAACUGUCCUCCACGCAGGUCAAAAUAUGGUUCCAAAACCGCCGCUACAAAUGUAAGCGUCAAAAACUAGACCGGAACCUCGAACUGUCCACCAUGUCCGUCCCCCGACGGGCGCCGGUGACAGUCACAAUGCGGGACGGUAAGCCAUGUAUGCUCGGCGCCAAUAUGCCGCCUUCCUAUCAGGCCACACCCUACAAUGUCAAUAUGUUCCCGAGCUACUCGACGUCAUAUACGACGCCUUCCUACAACAACGUCAACAUGGGACCGCUUCCGGGAGUGAACCAGAUCUCCCCACAAAGCGGAAGUUACGUUCAACAGCCGCCAAUGCACCAAUCAGGUAUCAGGGCCUGGUGACAAUGAAUGAAUAUCUGUCAAUCAGAUAGAGAUUUUUCUGGGUUACAAACUACUAAAAGUUAUUGACCUCAGUGGGCGUUGCUCAGUUCCAGAGCCGAAGGCAGAUCUCUGUAUAGUUCACACGCGUGUGAAAUGAAAAGACAAUGCCAGAUGCCUUAUAUGAGUUGCUGGAACUAAAUACUGUUUCAAUUUAUAUGAUGGACUUGCCAUGAACAGAGGUUUCCAGAUUUUGAAUAAAAUGCGUUCUACUGUGUCCUGGUUUGAAUUUGUAUAACAUGUAAUCAACGUGAAAGGGCGUGCUCAAUGACAAGAAAACGAUAAUUGUGAAUCAGUCUAGAGACUUUAUACUACUCAACUGUCAGUUAUAGACAAUUUAAAAGACAUAACUGAACUAACCAACCAAAUCCCUUACAAUGGCACUGGACGUCACUGAUAAUCAAUAUACAGCCGCACCCCGACAGGUCAUAAUCAAAUAUGAUACAUAUGAACAAAUACUAGAAAAUUAAAGACCUGUUUUAUUCGUAUGUUCGUAUGCAGCACUUCUUAUAUUGUUAUUGUUAUGUUCAUAUUACAUGUCAAGUACAAAGUAAUUGAAUUUGAGUUGGAAACAUAACUUAAGAGCAAGAGUGUACAACAUUGUAAACAAAACAAAGUGCACCACUUUAACAUUAUUUAUUUCACCAAAGUGCUUAAACCCGUGUGCCAAAUGUUUUUCUCACCCUAGUCACGAUUUUUUCUGGUCUCAAAACCAUUGUAUGGUUUUAUAUGUUAAUAUUUUAGUGUUAUUUUGUUAUAUAAAAUGUUCGCAAUGUACGUAUAUUUCACUAUCUUUCAUAGAUAUUAAUUUUAAAUUCCAUUUUUUGAAACGUUUUUUUUUGCCUUUAUAACAAAACAACAACAACAGCAGCAACAACAACAAUUACAACACGAACAGAAUAAACCACAAAGUCAUUUUUUGUGUUAAUAACUAAUGUGCCAAGUAUAUUGAAAAGGUUCUAUGCAACUCAAACAGUUUCUGCCUUAAAGACAAUAUGCAACCAUUUUAUAUACAUUUUUUACAUGAACUUUCAUUAGAUGCAAUAUUCAAUUUAUAUUUUAUUCCUUUCAUUUCAUAUUAUUAUAUUGCAACUGUUUGUCUCAAUGUGUAUAUAUGAUGAAUAUAUGUAUAUACUAUGUAUGUGUUAACUGCAAAUAAUUGUUAUAAUGAAACAAUUUUAUGAGAUAAUAAAGUUUUAUCAAUU